AUGUCUUCGCUCCCCAGUUCGCCUAAGAGGCCUGAUGGUGCCUCUUUGACCUGGAUCUUUGACCAAGUUCUCCGCGAACCCAUUGCUUAUGAAAUUCCCCUUCGCGACAUGUACGCCCUCAAUUGCAACCCGACCAAGACUUUCCUGCCUGGCAGCAACUCGCCAGAGACCGCUUUCAGCCCGCGGACUUCGACCUCAACCCAGGCCUCGAAUGGUUCACAGGACAGUUGCGUGGAUGCUGCUGCCGACUUCCGCUCUCAAUUGAUCAACCAGAUUUCUCGGAUACCCUCUCAGCCUUGCUCGCUUCCACCGAGCUUCUUGAGCUCGUUCCUCCGCCGUUGCUUCCCCAAGGAACUGGAGCAAGUGGACUUUCCCCAGAGCUUGGCUGCUUUGGACUACGCCAGGGAUUUGCAGAACCGCUGGAAGAAGGAAAUGACUCUGGCCUUGCAGCGAUUGAACAUUGGACGCGAAGAAGCCGAGAAUAUCCACUCUUCAGACCUUGCCAUCAAGUAUCCCGGGGUCGUAACCUGGCUCGACUCGAUUAACGUCAAGUCUCUGACACUUGAGGCACUGUACACCCAAAUCUACAUUGGCCUGCGGCGCUGGAUGAUUAUCAAUGAGGUCCUUCUUGAGCCGCACAAUAAGCAUAACCACAUCGCCAUGCUCAACACUCUCUAUCCGCCCGUCUCGCCCGGGUCCACAACUCCGACUCCCCAGUUGACCUACCAAAUCCUCAAGAUGCACCGCGACGCUUUCUUCAGAACUAUCAACAAGGUCAGCACUCGAGGCACAGGCCCCGUGUAUCAGAUGAUCCACCAAGGAGAAAGCGAACAGGGCGAAGGUUCGUGGCCUGUGUUCCACAAAACCCUGGAAAAGUAUCUUGACCUGGUCAAUGAGGUCAUUGACGAGUGUACGUUGAUCAAUGAGCCCUCUCACUUUGAUGAUCCAGGCAGCUCCUACCGCAGCAAGGCCCGCAAAGUCGAUUCCGGCUGUAGCUUUGGAACCACUGGCAGUACUGGAAGUGAUGUGAGCAUCGCUGAGGGUGUUGUCGACAAGCCCCUCCCACAGUUCCCUAUCCCUACGGACGAGGAGCUUACUCCGAGCAGAGGGUCGGUGUUGCAGCGCUUCACUCGCGAUGUAUGGUACAAGAGCCCUGCGCAGAAGCUUCGUAACCUCCGGAAGAUGAAGUCCGCUGCCAUUCUUCCUCGGCCUGAGAGCCAACAGAGCUCCACCUCCACCUCCACUUUCUCCAUCUUCGAAGUCUCUGAGGAGAAGCGCGAGCGCUUGAUCCGCGAUGCCUACAGCCGCAAGAACUCCCAGUCUUAG